GGAAUUAUAACGUUGGUGUUUAUAUUAUUAUGUUACUUUCUUAAACAUUUUCUCGAGCGAAUUAACCGAUAUAUAUUUCAUAUCGUAGCUAGCACGCACGGGUUUUAAAAAUUACGCGUAGCACGUCGGUUCUACCAAAUGCACACUUCCGGAAUCGCGGUUCUUUUCCGCAGCGAAGAGUUUAUCUGGCUAGUUAGCACUUUAGCAUGCUAAGCCAGCAGUUUCCUCCUCCAUCAGCGCACUCGACUGUGUCUGCCUGCGGACAGAAUUACCCUUUAGCCACGCUCGUAGAAAGACAUGUAAACAUGUAGGCGGCUGAUUAAAACAUAUAAAGUCAGGUUAAAUCGAUAUUUUAAUGAAUUUCAUUUGCAUAUCUCAACCACUUGCAGGUAUCUGACGUUUAGCCUGUUAACGUUAGCCGCUGGUUUCAGGCUGCAGCUUUAACCAAACUGCAUUCUUUUGGCAUAAAAACAUGAUUUCUCCCCUUCAAGCACGAAUGUCUCUGUAAACACCCAAGGCUUGGUUAUCAGUGCUUGUGUCCUGAUUUUCAGUCUGAUUAGCUUGUAAUGAGAGCAAGUCCUUUAUGUAGCAAAGUUGGGAAAUCCGUUAAAUAUAGCAUUAAGAUCACUGUGGUGUCAUUUCUUAAGACUUACUAUGAUUUUGAUCCCAUUCCAGUAAAUGUGGAUAAACCGUUAACUUUGUUAGUUUUGACAGCCAAAUAUCAGCCACCACAACAUCAAGUAUUUAUUUGGGUUGGGAUCUGAGUACAUGUGAGGACAGAGCUGGGUGUUUACCAUAUAGAUGUAUACACACUAGAGUGGUUUAUUACAGGUGUCGCCUCCUUAGCUACAAUGUCAUAAGUGAUAGUGCAUGCCAUUCAUGUUAUUGAUUGUUUAUUUAUUAUUAUCAGUUCAUUUGAUUUCUUCAGUAUUUUCAGUUUCUAUGCAUACAUUAAUCACAAUGCUGUGGUGCUUUGGAAAAUAAGGACACCGCAGGCGUGUGCAGUCGAAGCACUGAAUUAAUUUGCCUUCAGUAGUGCAAAGAACUCCUGCUGCAUUUUUUCAUUCCCCAAUGGAAAUCACAGUUGGAGAGUUCUGGUGUUUUCUUUGCAUAAAAAGAUUCACCUUCUUCUCGCAGAUCAAAAGGACAGUAUGGCCACCACUGUCGCAGUCAGCCCCAGUGAAUAUCUUCAGCCCUCCACCAACACUUCUCAAGAUUCCCAGCCCUCCCCGCUGGCACUUCUGGCAGCUACCUGCAGUAAGAUUGGGCCUCCGGCUGCCCAGGCCCCGGUCAGCACUCCACCGUCUCAGCCAACCACACGCCGUCUGCACCCCAUCAAGCCCGCCCCUAUUGCCCCAGCUCCACCCAAAAACUUUGGGUUCCUCUCAGCCAAAGGAAAUGUUAUCCAGCUGCCCGCGGGACUCGGUUCGUCAGGGGCCAGCCCUAUUGUCUUCACUAUUCAGAGCCCUUCACGUCCAGCAGGCACAUCCACUGCCAACAUCCAGUACCAAGUGAUUCCUCAAUUCCAGGGCUCUCAGACCAUUCAAAUGAUGCCUCAGGGAGGACAGAUCCAGAUCAUCCCUGGAACCAAUCAAGCCAUCAUCACCUCACCUGUCACAGUUCAGGCUGCCCCGCCCCCUCUGGCCCCGACACCGACCCUCCAGCAGAAGAGGGUGAUGAUCAAGCCAUCCUCUCAAAAGCGGCGGCAGAAUAAUGCCAGUGUAAAUGCUAACGUUGUACGGCUCCCUAGUGGACUUACGCUCCCACUAAAUGUUACUACUAGUGAGGUGGGAGGAGCGCAGGUUUUAACAGAGACUGCUGCUGCUCCGGUGAAGGGCAAGAGGGGGAGGAAGAGACAAGUGGCUAUAGCCCCGCCCACCCCGGCCCCUCAGCCGGCCUCACCGCCACAUGUAGCUGAACAGGUUGAAGCCUUACUAAUAGAGACCACAGCCGACAACAUUAUUCAGGCAGGAAAUAAUCUCCUGAUAGUGCAGAGUCCAGGAGGGAAUCAGCCUGCCGUGUUGCAGCAGGUGCAGUUGGUUCAGCAGAAAUCAGAUCAGCAGGUCGUUCAGAUCCCCCCGCAGGCUCUAAAAGUGGUACAGGCUGCCUCUGCCACACUUCCCCCUGUACCACAGAGACAGACAGUCACGCCCAGUGUGCAGGUGUCCCCCUCAGAACCCACACAGUUGCUGUUUAAAACGGCCUCAGGUGAAUGGCAAGCUGUACAGAUACAGGAGACAACUGUAACCACACCAACAACACCCACCACCACCCCCACACCUGCGGUGGUCUCUAAAAAGGCUCAAUCAGGAACACGGAAAGAAAGGACUCUCCCUAAAAUUGCCCCAGCUGGAGGGGGUCUCAUAACACUGAAUGCAGCCCAGCUAGCUUCUGCUGCUCAGGCAGUUCAGACCAUCAGUAUUAAUGGUGUCCAGGUGCAGGGUGUUCCUGUAACAAUCACCAACGCUGGGGGCCAGCAGCAUCUCACAGUGCAGACGGUUCCAGGUACAGGUCUGCAGCUGGGCGGUGUGCAGACACAGACACAGACCAUGCAGGUGGAACAGACACAGACACUCGCACUGGAGCUGCAGAGUCAGCCAGGAGAGAAAAAACGCCGUAUGGCCUGCACCUGUCCGAACUGCAAAGACGCAGAGAAGAGGCCGGGAGAAGUGGGGAAAAGAAAACACAUCUGUCACAUAGCAGGCUGUGAAAAGACCUUUCGAAAGACUUCCCUGCUGCGGGCACAUGUCCGACUGCACACGGGAGAGAGACCCUUUGUGUGCAGCUGGGUCUUCUGCGGAAAACGGUUCACACGCAGUGACGAACUGCAACGACAUGCCAGGACACACACAGGAGACAAGCGUUUUGAGUGCAGUAAGUGUCAGAAACGUUUCAUGCGCAGUGACCACCUCACGAAGCAUUACAAAACACACAUCAACACAAAGAGCCUGUGAACAUCGUUUAUCACGGCGUUUCAAGACCUUUGAGAGGAGAUGAGAAAGAAAAACGCUGUUCCCGGGGCUUGAAGGAUGGGAGGAAACAGAGGUCAACCUGCCUUCAAAUGUACAAUAUGGGCUGGGAAAGUCACCUGUUUUGACCAGCCGUUUCAGGGUAAACUGUCCACAUUUUUACUCACCCUCAUCAACAGAGGAAGGCUGGCUGGCCGUAAAAUGUGGCCCUCAACUGAGAUUCAUGAAGGACAUGGAUGCCAGUUGUGUCUUGACUUGAUACCUCUGGUAUACGGAGUCGAAAAGAUGUCUGUCUCAGCAGAAACAGACGCUUCAACCAAAAAAAGAGGUUAAUUUCCCUCAUUAUUUACAUUUUUGUUUAUGUAUAUGUUUUUGGUUGUUUUAGCUAAACCAAGCCCCUCACAUGAAGUGUAGCAGCUAGUGGACAGUGUUUCCUGGCUUUUUUUUGCGUAAAUGUUUGUUUUCUUACAUACAAACAUACAUUUGUACAUAUUAUGGCAAAAUUGAAUACAAAAGUGACGCUUUGGACAAACUCUUUGACCCAGUUAAAUUAUAUUCAGUUGUUAAAUGAUUUUUUGGAAUUGUAAACUUAAGCUUGAACUUUUGUAUGACUUUGGUUGAUUGUUUUUAAUAUUAGUAGAGGUUUUGGAAAAUGAUAUUUUGGCUUUUACGUGCAUGUCCAUAUUAGACAAUCAUGUCUUGUAUAGAGGCGAGAAACAAGAGAGUAAAUAUGUUGGGACUUGCUACCUGUUGAAAGGUUAAUCGACACAUAAAAUAAGGAAUUAAUUUAUAAAAAUAAAAAGCUUAAAUUGCAUUGAAUGUAUGCAGGAUGUGUCUUUAUUUAAAGACUGCAAAUGUAUCCAUUCAAAAAUGUAGAUACAAACUCAUGUUUAUGUUCUCAUGUAAAGCAGGAAAAAAAUAUCUCGCAAAAUAGGACACAAUGUGAUGAAAAUGUGAUUGUGGUUCCAUUAUACCAUCAGAAAUGUUUGAUUUCGUUUACGGAACAUGUAAACCGGCUACAUGCUGAUGGGUUUAAUGGUUCGUUCAAUUCAGUCAUUCCAUUUAAGUUGAUCUAAGCUUUUGUCCAAGCUCUCUAAAAGAGGCCUUAAGAAGAAAAGAAAUCUGUGCUUAUGUAUGUUUGUAUAGUGUCUGAGUUCAUACUGUUGUAUUUGGGUGUAAAAUGUAGGACAAUUGUUACACAAAUGUGUAUUGGCUAUUGUUGCCAAACAUGAAAUCUGUGGACUGUGUACAGUGUAAAUGAGAAGGAAAAAAAGCAGCAUUGUAUAGUUUCAUUCCUGUAAUAUGUAAUAAUAAUAGAUUACCCUUUUUAUUGACUAAAAGUUGCCUUAGUCUGCAGCACCCCAUAUUUAAAGAGUCUUUUUCCAGGGAAAUGCAUUUGUAGACCUGCUUUAUUUUUCCUUUUAUUGUUAUUUUUUAACUUAUAAAGUGUAAAGAAAUGUCAAUUUAUGUGCACUGACCAAAUUCAGGGUUUUCACUGAGUGGAUCAUUUAAUUUUCUGGUUCGUGUACCUACAUCUGAUUUUACAAAAUAAAAGUUCUUUAGCUCGCCUUGAUAAAAACCCCACAUUUAAAGAGCCCCGACUUUGAAAAUCGGUAUGUAACCCUGUGUUUGUAUAACUUGUAUUGCGGAGCUUAGACCAGAGAACUUGCUAUCUUUUUCUACAGUCAGACCACCGCUCACUCACCUAAUAAAGCAUUACAGACUGAGUGUU